AUGUUGACAGACCCGGUGCGGCUGACCCAGCUGUAUGAGCAGGCUCGGUGGGACCUGCUGCUGGAGGAGACCGACUGCACUGAGGAGGAGAUGAUGGUGUUCGCAGCCCUGCAGUACCACAUCAACAAGCUGUCCCAGAGUGGGGAGGUGGGCGAACCAACUGGCACAGACCGGGGGCUGGACGACCUGGAUGCAGCCCUGAACAACCUGGAGGUGAAGCUGGAGGGGUCGGCAUCCACGGAUGUGCUGGACAACCUCACCACCAUCCCGGAACUCAAGGACCAUCUCCGGAUCUUCCGGCCCCGGAAGCUAACCCUAAAGGGGUACCGCCAGCACUGGGUGGUGUUCAAGGAGACCACCCUGUCCUACUACAAGAGCCAGGAUGAGGCCCCGGGGGACCCCAUUCAGCAGCUCAACCUCAAGGGCUGCGAGGUGGUCCCCGAUGUCAAUGUCUCAGGCCAGAAGUUCUGCAUCAAACUCCUAGUACCCUCCCCUGAGGGCAUGAGUGAGAUCUACCUGCGGUGCCAGGAUGAGAAGCAGUACGCCCACUGGAUGGCCGGCUGCCGACUGGCGUCUAAGGGCCGCACCAUGGCGGACAGCAGCUACACCAGCGAAGUGCAGGCCAUUCUGGCCUUCCUCAGCCUGCAGCGGACAGGGGGCGGGGGCUCAGGCAACCACCCCCAGGGCCCUGACGCCUCUGCCGAGGGCCUCAACCCCUACGGCCUUGUUGCCCCCCGCUUCCAGCGGAAGUUCAAGGCCAAGCAGCUCACCCCCCGGAUCCUGGAAGCCCACCAGAACGUGGCCCAGCUUUCGCUGUCCGAGGCCCAGCUGCGCUUCAUCCAGGCCUGGCAGUCCCUGCCCGACUUCGGCAUCUCCUAUGUGGUGGUCAGGUUCAAGGGCAGCAGGAAGGAUGAGAUCCUGGGCAUCGCCAACAACAGACUGAUCCGCAUCGACUUGGCCGUGGGCGACGUGGUCAAGACCUGGCGCUUCAGCAACAUGCGCCAGUGGAAUGUCAACUGGGACAUCCGGCAGGUGGCCAUCGAGUUUGAUGAGCACAUCAACGUGGCCUUCAGCUGCGUGUCGGCCAGCUGCCGCAUCGUGCACGAGUACAUCGGGGGCUACAUUUUCCUGUCGACGCGGGAGCGGGCCCGCGGAGAAGAGCUGGACGAGGAUCUCUUCCUGCAGCUCACAGGAGGCCAUGAGGCCUUCUGAGGCCUGUCUUAGCGCCCCCACUUUGCUCACUACCUGCUAUGGUCACGCCUAAGCCCACACCCUCUCCAGACAUGCACCGAGCUGGGCACAUUCACCUGCUGUCCCUGGUUUUGUGCAGAUCAGGGACCUAACCGGGCCAGACUCUGCCAUCUCCCAGGCUAGGGAAGGUGGGUUACGAGCUCGUACAAUGCCCGCCCUUCCCUUGUCCGAGUGGCCAGGACCAACACCACUGACCCAGCUAGAGUUCUUGAGCACAUGAGAACAACUGGCUGUAGCUACGGGAUGAUGAUAAUUCAUGGUUUCAAACUGGAGAUUCUUUUUUGUUAUCUUUUUACAUUUUUAAAAAUAAAUAUUUUAUUGUUGGA